GGCCCGUUCUUAGGUGCAGUCCCAGUGGUCCUUUUGAUCGUUCGUCAUAAAUUGAACCAGCUGUGCCAGUCGGCCGUACCCGUUCGGAGUUGGUUGGUGUACUUUUUCGAGUGUGUGUCUGUGGCGAAAGGUUGUUUGUUAAGAUGAUGAAGUUAGUAGUGCUAUUAGCUGUGUUUAGUGUGAUUGUUGGAGCUCAAAAGCAGCACCAGCAGCAGCAGCAGCAGCAUCAGCAGCAGCAGCAGCAACAUCAUCAGCAACAAUCGUUGCCGCGCUAUAAGGAAAUUCCGAUCGUAAAUCUCGAGAAUGUGCUUGAGGUCGAUGGCAAGUUUCGGUACAGCUACGAAGGUGGCGAUGGAACGCGCGCAGCACAGGAUGGUCAACAGAUUGUGGUGAACAAUCAGGUCGGGACUGCUUCCCAGGGCCAGUACACGUACCAGGGUGAUGAUGGAAAAACGUACUCGAUCUCGUACAUCGCCGAUGAGAACGGCUACCGACCGGUCGGUGAUCAUCUCCCAACGCCACCACCAGUGCCUGCGCCGAUUGCACGUGCCCUUGCGCAUUUGGCGACGUUGCCGCCGAGCAAGGACGGCCCGGGCAGGAAGUUUUAAGUUAAGGAAGACAGAGAUAGAGAGAUUUACAAACAUAAGGAAGCGGUGCACAAGACCAGUGUGAAAGCAGUGUGUGCAGUUGUGCGAUAAAUUGGCGGGUAAUAAAAGUACUGCUUCGCUUGUUUUA